AUGUCCGACCUCCCUGAAAUGCAGUACCGCUUCCUCGGCCGCACGGGUCUGAAGGUCUCGGUGAUUUCCCUCGGCGGGUGGCUCACCUUCGGCGGGCAUGUGGGGAACGAAACCGCGUUCGAGUGCAUGAAGGCUGCGUACGAUGCUGGAGUCAAUUUCUUUGAUACGGCUGAGGGAUACGCCGGCGGGCAGUCGGAGGUGGUGUUCGGCGAGGCGAUCAAGAAGUAUGGAUGGAAGCAGAAUGACCUGGUGAUUUCUACCAAGCUCUACUGGGGCCAAGCCAACGGCGUCAACCCCAAUAAACCCCUCAACAAUACCGGCCUCUCUCGGAAGCACAUCAUCGAGGGCAUGAACCUAUCCCUGAAGCGCCUGGACCUCCCAUACGUGGAUAUCGUGUAUGCCCAUCGCCCAGAUCGCGACACACCCAUGGAAGAAGUUGUUCGCGGAUUCAACCAUCUGAUUUCCACCGGCAAGGCCUUCUACUGGGGAACCUCGGAGUGGACGGCGAGCGAGAUCUCCGACGCAUGGCGGAUCGCCGACCGUCUCGGCCUCGUUGGUCCCGUCGUCGAGCAGCCGCAGUAUAACCUGCUGGCGCGCGAGAAGGUCGAGCGCGAGUACCGCUGGCUCUACGAGGCGCAUCACGGAUUGGGGCUGACGGUGUUCUCGCCUCUGAAGGGCGGUGUGCUGACGGGCAAGUACAAUGACGUCGAGGGGGCCCCUGAGGGUUCGAGACUGGCGCAGUCGCAGGACAAGUAUGUGCAGGGUCUGCGCAAGACGCUGGGCGACGAGACCUGGAAGCGCCAGCUGGACCAGGUUGCCGCGUUGCGGCCGAUUGCGGAGGAGCUGGGUAUCUCGACAGCGCAGUUGGCGCUUGCCUGGAUUCUGAAGAACCCGAAUAUCUCGUCGAUGAUCACUGGUGCGUCGCGGCCCGAGCAGGUCCUCGAUAACAUCCGCGCACUGGCUGUUGCGGACAAGUUGACGGACGAGGUGAUUGAGAAGAUUGAGAAGGCCGUGGGCAAUAAGCCUACUGCUGAGCCUCGGCGGUUCUAA